ACCAAAUUACAGGGGAGAAAACAACGACAUGGAGAACUACAAGCCGGAAAUGGCCAUGGCUGCCCUGCAGUUCUCUUACGCCGUCGUUUCUCUCGCCGGCAGGGCGGCCCUUUUGGAGGGUUUGAGCCCCAGAGUGUUCGUCGUCUACAGGCAGGCCAUUGCGGCUCUCACCGUUUCUCCCAUGGCUUAUUUCUCCAGCAGGAGGAAAGUUGCAGGCGGUGGCGGCGGCGGCAGGGGUUCAAUUGGGUUCAGAAGCUUUUCCUUGAUAUUCCUCGCCGCUCUCAUAGGGGUGACAAUCAACCAGAACCUCUAUUUCGAAGGCAUCUACUUGGCAUCCUCUUCAAUGGGGAGUGCAACAGGGAACCUAGUCCCGGGGCUCACCUUUGUCAUGGCAACCAUUUUCGGAUUAGAGAAGGUUAACAUCAGGAGCCUGAGAAGCAUGGCCAAAAUUGUGGGAACAAUCAUGUGUGUUGCUGGAGCUGUGACAAUGGCUCUAGUCAAAGGCCCAAAGCUCUUUGUCACCAACCCUUCAGCAGGGGGUGAGAAUUGGCUUCUGGGCUGUUGUCUCCUCUUUUCUAGUGCUUGUUGUUGGUCCAUUUGGCUCAUCUUGCAGGUUCCGGUUAUGUCCAGCUACCCUGAUCCAUUGGGAGUAUCGGCUUGGAUGUGCCUUAUAGGAGCUUUACAAUCAGGGUUCGUGACGAUUUUUCUGGAGCCAGAAUUGGAAGCGUGGAAGAUAACAUCGUAUCUCCAGCUCUUUUCUUGUGUGUUCACGGGUAUCGUUGGAUCAGGGAUCGCCUUCUUCGUUCAAGCGUGGUGUAUUGCAGAGAGAGGUCCGUUGUUCUCUGCACUGUUCAACCCUCUGUGCACGGUUAUAGUCACCGUGUUGGCCUCGUUCCUUCUAGACGAGAAGAUUUAUGUUGGGAGCCUAUUAGGUGGAAUUGGGGUGAUUAUUGGACUCUAUGUGGUGCUAUGGGGGAAAUCCAAGGAUUAUGUGAAGGUAAGUAGUAAUCAUGAAGGAGAAAUAAUUGAUGAUCCCAAAUCGGCCAAUGGUCAAACCCAAGUGGUGAAAAUCCAGCUAGAUCAAGAAUGUGCAGGUGAAAUUAGGUGUAAAAUUAAUGACCUAGAGGAACCAUUUUUGUGUACCAAGAUGAAGAAUGACAUUGUAGAGGACAAUAGUUACAGUGACUCACAUGAAGAACCUUGAGUGAGGUGGUAGAAACGUAUUUCCUUUGUAUGUUGCUUCAUAUUUCAGGUUUGUAAUCUAAAUUUGUUUACUAGAUUGAGUUGUAAAAUAUAUAAAAAACUCUUCCAAUAAAUAACAAGACAUAAUAGUAUAUCGGUCUCUGAUAUGAUUUGAUAAAAUAUCUGUAAUAAGUAUAUACCCUCUCUGUAAGUAUGACAAAGACUAAUUAUAUGCAUCGAAUUGCAUAGAUAGUGGUGACAUGUAUAGGUAAUGACCUAUUGACCUUUAUGUCUCCUGAUCUAAUUCGUGAAAUUAUGAUGAUCAACAUAGCCAAAUUAUAAUGACCUAUUGACCUUUAUGUCUCCUGAUCUAAUAUUCAAUGAACGUCAUAAUAUAUCAUACUGAUUGCUUGCAUUUUACGAAUUGUUAACCAAAUUGUAAUUUUUCUAAUUCAUCUAACUCCGACUAAAUGUUUACCGAACCAACUAAUUAAUAUAAUCAAUCGAUAAAACAUCAGGUCGCAUUACCCAACAAUUUUCGAACCGGUCCACUUUGAACCCCAACCAAAAACUCGAUCCCUCUCAUCAACUCCAUAUGAAUACACUAAUGGAGUAAUUCCAAAGAUGAACUGGAUUUUAAAUUCCCCUCCAAAAAAGCUUUAUUUCCAACUCAAAGGCAUGUCAGUCUUAAUCUGGAUCCCAAUAAAACCAACAUUAUUAAAUCCCACUACACUGACUUUUUGUUGCACUCUUUUGAUGACUGAUUAGUAACAACAAUCAUAAGAAAUUAAUUAGCUCAACUUAGCAAUGCUUUCAAAAGCAUAUGCUAAUAAUAGUUCAAACAAUACAAAGCAUAUACCAAAAAACAUGUACAUCUGUAUCUUGAUUAUACCUUUCUUCCUAGUAGAAUCUUUUUUUGGGUUGGUCGCAUUCUCUAGGCUCAUCUCACCGCGUCACCAUGAUUUAAUUUAAAUCGUUAUCCUACCAUCAUUGAUUCAAAAAAGAACAAGCAAGGUGGUGAUGAUGCCUUACUCAUGUGGUCCUAAGUUCGACAACAUAAUUGAAAGUGAAUCAUCAGUUGAUACUAUUGUUGUCGAAUAGAAUAUCCCUACAUGCCGCGGUUUGAUCGGAAAAACCGAUAUCGAGCAACAAAAUGGUUUGAAAACUCUUGGUUUGCGACCAUGGUUAGAAUUGGGAAUCAGAAUGCGUAUUUCCACGGGAUCAACUUUGACUUCUUUCAACUUCUUUAACUCCAGAUCGGGUGCUUCAUUUCCUUCUUUUUAUGUCUCGAUUUAGAGACAAAAGAAAUUGUCAUAUAACGAGAUCGAUUGCAACAAGAUCAUAUGAUAUCACACUAGAUAUUCUUUUUUUUAUAUAGAUAAGGGUGAUAUAUAUUUAUGAAAAAAAAAAUUUUGUGAUUAGAUACUACUUAAGGGAUCGAACCUUGGACCUUCAGGUUCAAGGCUAGUGAUAUCCUCUAGAUAUUCAUAUUACAGAAGUCGUAAGUCUCGUACCUCAAACUACACUCAUCAAACAACACACUCCCACCAGCCCGGCCGGCGCAGCCGUCUCUCAGCCGCCUGAGGGCGUCGGCGUAGCAGUCCUCGCAGGGCCGGCCAAUCAAUUCUGUAGGCCCUGUUCCAUAAUGAAGAUGUGGCCUAUCU